ACACUAUACACUCACACUCACACUUACAUAACUGAAUAUAAGACCAACGGAAUGGCUAAGAAAGCAAUGCAGAUCCUGGAAUUGCUCUUCUUUAUGCUGAUCCCCUUGGCUAGUUCUCAGGGAAGUGGUCGAGGAUACGACGAUUGGCAAACUGCACACGCAACAUUCUAUGGUGGAAGUGAUGCUACUGGCACUAUGGGAGGUGCAUGUGGUUAUGGAAACUUGUACAGCCAAGGAUAUGGGACUCGCACCGCAGCUCUAAGCACUGCUCUCUUCAACAGUGGUUUGAGCUGCGGUUCAUGUUACCAAUUGCGUUGCAACGACGAUCCUAAAUGGUGCCUCCAUGGUGACAUCACUGUCACUGCUACCAACCUCUGCCCACCUAAUCUAGCUUUGUCCAACGACAAUGGUGGGUGGUGCAAUCCUCCUCUCGAACACUUCGAUUUGGCUGAGCCUGCUUUCUUGCAGAUUGCUGAGUAUCGUGCUGGGAUUGUCCCUGUACUCUUCCGAAGGGUUCCUUGUGUGAAGAAAGGAGGCAUAAGGUUCACCAUCAAUGGUCACUCAUACUUCAACUUGGUGUUAAUAACAAACGUUGGAGGUGCAGGGGAUGUUCAAAGUGUGUCCAUCAAGGGGUCUAGGGCAGGGUGGCAACCAAUGUCAAGGAAUUGGGGACAGAAUUGGCAGAGCAAUUCCUACCUCAAUGGCCAAACCCUCUCCUUCAAAAUCACAACCAGCGAUGGAGCUACACUCAUCCACAAUAAUGUCGUUCCUGCUGGUUGGCAAUUUGGACAGACCUUUGAAGGUGGUCAAUUCUAGAUUAAUUCCGGAGAGCAAUGGU